AAAGGAACAAUAUUAAAGUUUUGUCCAAGAAAGCAGGAUAGGGCGAGUAAAAAAAACAACUUCUCAACCUGCAAAAAUCUGUAACAGAUUGUUAACAUAUUUUAUCUUUACAGCGGACGACAUUCCUGUUGGCAAGGGUGCAAAUUAUUAAUGGGAUUUUCUAUAUCUAAAGUAAUUGCUGCAGGUUACCUCCUUCUUAAAAUGAUCGGCGACUUCGUGCACAUAUCUCCUUUAGCCUGGGUCCUUACGGAUAUAUCAGCAUGUUCUAUGCAUUUAAUGGUAGACGGUAAAAAGGCUUACACAACAAUAAUAGAUUCUGUUAAAAUUGGACAAUGGAAUGAUAAUUAGUCAAUAGUAAUUGUAACAUCUCCAAUUUACCGUACAGUUACAAAACCGAUUGCACCGCACUUCCAACUCAAAAACCUCCAAUUACUUGUUAUCUCAUACUUUCCUAAUUAGGUUAAAUUAAAACAAUUUAUGCAAGUCCUGCAGAAGUACGCCCCUUGAGAAGAGAUUAGCCAGGAAGUCAAAAAUAGUGUAAGGAGUGUCACUGAAACUGCAGGGCAAGACUGAUACACAAGGU